AUGGACACCCUGCAGGAGCCCUUCUUCGGCCUCGCGGAGGGCCUGGACUCCUCUGACAGCCCUGGCCUGCUGUCCUCCUGGGACUGGAAGAACAGGGCCAGGCCCUUUGCGCUCAGCCAGGCCUCUCCACCUCCGACCCUCUCCCCAGUCUCCUCUCUGGAGUCCUAUUCUCCGUCCGCGCGCCCCGUCGGGGCCCGGCUGCUCUGUGGGCAGAGCGGCGCUGGUGGAGGCGGCAGCGAUGGCCACAGCAGCCGCGACCCUGGCGGCCUCGUGGAGGUGGACUACAGCAUGCUGGCCUUCCAGCCUGCCUACCUCCAGGGUGCCGGAGGCCCCAAGGCCCAGAAGGGCCCCAAAGUCAAGAUGUCUGUGCAGCGCAGGCGCAAGGCGAGCGAGAGGGAGAAGCUCAGGAUGCGGACCUUGGCGGAUGCGCUGCACACCCUGCGGAAUUACCUGCCGCCCGUCUACAGCCAGCGAGGCCAGCCACUCACCAAGAUCCAGACGCUGAAGUACACCAUCAAGUACAUCGGGGAGCUCACGGACCUCCUCAACAGCGGCAGGGAGCCCAGACCCGAGUGUGUGAGCUCGUCCCUCAGGACCUGA